AAACGUCAGAGUGCUCGGCUGGCUGUUUAACUCUCGGAUACGGAUACGAUACGUGCUUGAACCAAACUCAUGCAACUAAAGCCAAUAAAUAAGCAACCAGGAUGUUCUUGGCUGUAAAUCAAAAUGUGCGCAAGUCCCUAAAACGUCAACGCGCUGACCAGAUGAGCGAAGAGAAGCCAAAUGAAUCAGCUGUUGCCAAUUUAAGGCCAACAGACUCGACGGCUCAACUCGUGUUGGCAUGCAAAUGCGGAUCAGCCUGUAAACAAUGCCAGCAACAGGUGCCACCACCUAUCCCCACCGAGCCCGGUUGCACGUGCACGGACCGUCCAUCCAUCCCAUCAUUGACGCUCGUUUACCUCUAUCUGGGCGCGCUCACUUUUCUUUUGGCCACACUUGGGCUCAUGUUCUAUACACACACCCAGGAGGAGGCGACGACGGCGACACCCCCACCACCUCUAACACACCAGCAAUUCCAAAAGGAGUUGUUGGCAUCAGAACACGUCCUACGCGCCAUGAUGCUGCAGAUACUGGAUAAGGAUGUGCAGUUGCCUUUGACGACACAGACAUCAACAAAACCGCCGGACUCAAUGGGAAUCGUUAGGAAUGAGCGCAAAUAUAAUGGUAACCUGCUCAGCAUUGGCGAAACAGAAGAAAUCAAACGUUCGCGCAGAGACAUAUCCUCAUCGCCCGCCUCCAUGCAUGCAGAUUCAUUGAUAGAGUUCUUUAAUCCGAAUCAUCGGAAAGCGCUUGAAGAGCAGGACACUGAGAUACGUAAGCGUACGGGGUUGAAGGGCGCCGCUCCCGGUGGGGACGAAUGGAUUUAUUUGAACACCUAUUGCCGGGUGCCGGAGAAAAUUAUCACUGGUUUCUGCAAAGGCACGCAGGAAUACUGUCCGCCUGGAAAACCAGGCCUACCAGGCAUACCAGGACCAAAGGGAAAUCGAGGAGAUGUUGGAUUACCCGGUCCCCCGGGUGUGGACGGUGCCCAAGGAAUUAUGGGACCACGAGGACCCAAAGGUGAUGUUGGAAGCACUGGACGCGCUGGAUUGGAUGGACGGGACGGUGUUCCAGGCGAACCAGGCCUAGAUGGUGUACCCGGACGUGCUGGCUCUGAUGGGAUACCUGGCAAAAAUGGGCUGCCAGGGCAGGAUGGUAAAGAUGGGCUCAAUGGCAAAGACGGCAAGGAUGGCUUGACAGGACCAAAAGGUAUUCAAGGACCGCCGGGAGAGCGUGGACUCAAAGGCAUUGCAGGACCACGUGGUCGCCCAGGCAAGCCUGGCACCAAUGGAACUCCAGGAAUUCCUGGUAUCAAUGCAUGGAAGGUUCAACUUUCCAAUGGCAGUUUCUCAAACGAUCUACUCAUACCGCCCUCUAUAACUGAUCUGCAAUCCACAAAUAUUCAACGCGUUGUCAUCGUCGAGGAGGGCAAGUCACUGAAUCUAAGUUGCACGGCCACAGGCAACCCGGUGCCUCAUGUGGAAUGGCGUCGCGAAGAUGGGCGGACUAUCACCAUUAAUGGCCAGGAAAUGUCCUCCAUUAGUGGUCAGUUCAUUAAGUUUACUAACAUAACUCGGAAUCAGAUGGCGGCGUACACCUGCUAUGCCAACAACGGCAUCGCACCUGUUGCCAAUGCGACUUAUCUAGUAGAAGUGCAAUUUGCCCCCAUGAUAUCGGUAUAUAGACAAAUGAUAUAUGCCGAGUAUGGGCGUAGCGCUACAUUGGAGUGCUUGGUGGAGGCCUUUCCCGAAGCCCUACGCUAUUGGGAACGCGCCUAUGACGGCAUGAUAUUGGAGCCCGGCGACAAGUACCGCAUGGAGUCCUAUCCAGACGGUUUCAAGACCUCAAUGCGUUUAACAAUUAGUAAUUUACGUAAGGAUGACUUUGGUUACUAUCACUGUGUGGCACGUAAUGAGCUCAACGCUACCAUGGUUAAUUUCGAAAUAGCACCUCAAGAUCCGAAUAGUGAAACCCCAUAUGUGGGCACAAAUAUCAAAAUUUAUGGUAAGCCACCGCCCGAGAGCGAGUGUCCAAUGUGCGAACAGUGUCCGGAUCCCAGCUUGUAUCAGUGCAAAGAUUCGAUUUUAAAUAGUUUUGAAAUCCAGCCAACUGGUAACCUCAGCUUUCCAGGCCUUCCAAAACGCCUUAAAUCCUGUUUCUUGUAUGCGGUGGGAAAACCUGUCUUCCAUAAAUCCGUCAACGAAAUGUAUGGUUCUUGGCUCCGGGACCCGGCCGCCCGAGAAAUUGAUCGUGAGAAAACAUUUGUUACCAAUGAGAACGAUGCCUAUAAUCUUUUUGAAUUCUCAACACGCGUUCAGUACAGAAUGAAUAGUGUUCCAAGGCGUAAAUAUGAGAUACCGGAGGGAUUUCAUGGCAACGCACAUGUCGUCUACAAUGGCUCUUUCUACUUUCAUCAAAAGAACUCGGAUCUUGUAGUUAAGUUGGAUUUAACUACCUUAAAGAAAAUCUCCACCCAAUUGCCAUAUGCCGGAGUCGCAUCUUACAACAAACUUUACACCACAGACCACAAUUAUAUGGACUUUAACGUGGACGAAGUGGGUCUUUGGGUCAUAUAUAGUACCUUGAAUUCCAAUAAUACACUAGUCGCAAAGUUGGAUGCAGAGACUUUAAAAAUGCAAUAUAAUUUUAAUGUAACGCUGGAUCAUAAACAAUUCGGUGAAAUGUUUAUUGUCUGUGGUAAUUUAUAUGCCAUUGAUUCGGUUACAGACAAGAACUCCCAAAUUCGCUAUGUAGUUGAUCUGUACAAGGGCGAGUUACUAAACACCAAUUUGCCAUUUUCUAAUCCGUUCAGUCGAACCACUACGGUUGGCUACAACCCAUUGACGGUGGAAUUAUACUCGUGGGACAAGGGAAACGCAUUGACAUAUCCUAUUCGCUAUAACGAACAAAGAUUAAUUUCAGAUAAUAAUUAAGCAGUUUAAAAUUAUACAAUUUUGAUAUUUUUAGAAAUAAAUUCGCACUGUUUAGUGAAAAUAAAUGAUUAUUAAUUAUUAA